AUGUACCUGAAGGCUGGUUUUCCAGGAAUUGCAAAACUAAUCAUUGAGGCGUCUCCUGAUGAGGCCCUUUACACUGAAAACGGUGUUGGAGAGACUCCUCUUGAAAUCGCUUCAUUGGAAUACCUCGCCUGGAAGAUGACAUAUCAUGGGAAUCAAUAUUCAGUCGCUAGUCCCGAACUAGGCAACAAUGUAGACAUGGUCCCGCAUCACGUACCUGCCACACUUGCCAAGGACCUGCUUAAAUUAUGCUUGAUGAUGGCAGACCUUGUGCUAACAGGGAAGCUAACACUGGGCAUGUUAUUGGCUGAUGAACUCGACAAAUUUGCCUCUCUCUUGGAGACAAAGCUGAUGGAAGUUUCCAAGACUGCAAAAAAGACAGAAGACGACAUUAACCAAGUCGAAGGCAUUGAUAGAUAUGCGACCUUUGAAAAGGUCAUAGUGGCUGUGAUAAAGUGGCCUGGAAAGUGCAAGUUCGUGCAUCUCCUUGACGUUCAGAGGUCUGUGCAAAGUAGCCUUGCUAAAUCCAGGAAACUGGAUGAGGUUUCACAAUCGCUUCGUGGUGUAGACGAAUUGGAACCUGAGGUAGAUACGGCAUGA